AUGAGCUCCAACUUCCUCAGAAAUGGCAGCAAAAGCUUCCACUCCAUUCGCAACCUACUUCUUCAAAGACAUUCAAUCGCCGACUCAGCCAAAGCUCCGAUUCUCCACCGACAACUACAACAACAACAGCAACAAUCAAGGGUUUAUGCUCGAUUUCCACAUUCAUUUUGCCCAAAAACUAGAGCGCUCGAGCGCUAUUCUUCCACUACAUUCUCUUCGUCCUUUUCAUCUACUGUUUCGUCGUCGCCGAAGAUUGGGAUCGUUGGGUGGUAUUUGGGGAUGGUGAAGUCUCGCCCUAUUCUCACCAAAAGCAUUACCUGUGCCUUCAUUUAUACAUCUGCUGAUUUUUCAUCUCAGACGGUGGGUUUAAACUUAAAUAGAGGAUUGGGUGUCAAUGCAUUUGGUAAAUUGUUACUCAUAGGAGCAAUAGGCAGCUGA